CUAAGGAUUAUAUAUUUCUAGCUAUAAGACUAUAACCCAUUUAAUUUCACUUUUUCUUGUAGUAGAACAACCAUUUAAGUUCGCCUCUUAUUGUUGAUCACUUUCUUGCCUCUCCGCAAUGGCCAACAAAGAUUACAGAGACAACAAGAGAUCAGUUUGUGAGACGUCAAUAUUGUUGGUGGCAAACAUCAUCAGAUUAUCUUCUCUAAGAUUUUCUGGCCAGAGUUUCACGAAAGACCUUGAACCUCCACAAGAGGAAGGAAUCUAUGUGGGCAAAGGCAAUGAAUCUUCUUCGGUAUCAAAAUUUUACAAGAGUGAAAGAACUAAAAAGCUGGAGAGGAUCAAAAGGCCUCGUUCGUACCUCAUGAAACUACCAAAGGAGGAUCCAACGAACUAUUUGAGUCAGGCACUAGACGAUGUUGAUGUCAACGCUGAGAACUAUAUCAGCCAUAUUCGUGGAAAGAUUAUUAGGGAUAGUGGUAAUAUUGAAUAUUGAUAUAAAGAAAAACACUUUUCACCAUAUCUUCCACCUCAAACCGUUUGCUAGUGGUGGGAGGUUUGAUAGAUGCAUGAGGAUAUCUAGCUUCAAUCCUCAUUGCCGUCAUUGUACAAAAGGAAAAAAAAAACCUUUCACCAAUAUUAUAUAUAGUCAAGUAGGUUUUGCACUUUUGGUGAUCAAUUGUGUAAAGAUUACACUACUAUAAAUAAAAAUUUUAAUGAUGCUCGGACAACCAGGGUUGUACCAAAA